CUUGCGUCUUCUUUUCCCCCUUCCCUGCAAAGCUACAUGGCCCCAGCAGACCCAGUUCUCUCAUCAUGCCAAAGGGGGAGCUCCUUAAACACUCAUGUCGCUUACAAGUUCUCUCAAACUCUAAGUUCCAUCGAAUCAAUAGAUUUAAGGGACUCGUUUGUGUCUGAAUGUUUGGAGAUGUCAUUACAAUUCUUACAAAAACUGAAAGUGAAAUGAGGAAGACCGAUUGAGCAAUCGGCUGGAAGUGCGAAUGCCAGGAAGACCUAUUGCACGUAGGGGCAGAGAUGCAGCCCUGUGGGAAGAAAAUUCAGGAGAAUUCUCCUGAGGGCAAGCGCCAAGCUGGCCGCUGUAGUCAAUGUAGGACAUCAACAAACACAGAUAACAGGAAAUGACCCAUUCCCCGUGGUCACUUAUUCUGAAGACCCAAACCUUCAAAGUCCAAGGAGUGAAAUGAAUGACUGCACAGAAGGGAAGCCGGCACGCCUCUCUCCUGGUCUGAAGAGAAGAGAAGAAAUGAAACUGAAGGAGUAUGUCUCCAUCCUCCCCCAGAAGGAAAGCCCCUCUGCCCGGUUCUCCAGAGAUGGCUCGCUGCUGGCCUUGACCUGGCUGCUGGCCCUGGUGUCCUGCUGCCUCACGGUGGUGUCCUUCUGCAGAGUGGCUGCCCUGCAAGCGGAGCUGAAGAGCCUCCGGGAGGAACUGCUGGAGCACCAAGCUGAGCAGCUGCCAGGCCCUCCCCGGGCGGGAGCAGCAGCUCCCAGGGCAGCUGUGCAGGAAGCUCCAGCUGCCAUCUCGGCACUGAAAGGGAUCUUUGCACCACCAGCUGCACAAGAAAGUAACUUCAGUCGGAGCAUCAGGAAGAAGCGUGCCAUUCAGGGUCCAGAAGAAUCAGUCAUUCAAGACUGCUUGCAACUGAUUGCAGACAGUGACAUGCCUACUAUACGAAAAGGUAAUAAAAUAAUUUACACGUUUGUUCCCCUGGCUUUCUCAGCUUUAAAAGAGGAAGAGCCCCUAGAAGAAAGAGAAAAUAAAAUAUUAGUUAAAGAAACCGGUUACUUUUUUAUAUAUGGUCAGGUUUUAUACACCGAUAGCACGUUUGCCAUGGGACAUCUAAUACAGAGGAAAAAAGUCCAUGUCUUUGGGGAUGAAUUGAGUUUGGUGACUUUGUUCAGAUGUAUUCAAAACAUGCCUGAAACACUACCCAAUAAUUCCUGUUAUUCAGCUGGCAUUGCAAAGCUGGAAGAAGGAGAUGAACUUCUACUUGCAAUACCACGUGGAGAUGCUAAAAUUUCACAGGAUGGAGAUGGCACUUUUUUUGGUGCAUUGAAACUUCUGUGACCUAUUUACACCUUGUUUGUGGCCAAUUUCCUCCCUUUCUAUGUAUCUCUAAGGAGAAAGCACUUAACUGGAAAUACCAAAAGGGAAAAAAAAAAGUAGUUACCAUAGCCUUUUCUGUGAGCUAUUUGUUUUGGUUUGCUGAAACUAGACCGGACAGGAAAUUUAACAGACAACCACAGCCAAAGGGUGUCAUGUGAAUUACAAGAAGUAGAGCUCAUUUAAGGAAAGAUAGAAUUAGGAAGACUUUUUCACCAUAAUGCCAUGUCAAACAAUUUAGUCAUAGCUUCUUGUCUUAGAGGAAGCUCAGGGUUCGAAAGGGCCGUAAUGAUUUGCUCAAAAACGGUAUUCCAUUUUUCACUACGAAACAAGUGCCCAUUUCCAUAGGACAGUAAGACUUUAGGGGGAAACCUCAGAAUUCAUCCUCUAUGUUUAUGUAAAAUACACCCCUCUCCUUUUCAGUUAACAUUGGAGAAAGUAAAAAGAAAAAAUAUAUAGAAAUUUUGCAUUUCCUACAUGUGAAAGUAAUUAAAGCCUAAAUUUAAACAUCAUAUUAAACAAUUGAAGAUAUAGUACUAUGUAAGUCUUUUUUGGUUUAUUUCAAGUUUGCAGUUUUUCUCUCUGAUGCUAUAUAUUACCCAAUGGAACACUCCCCAACAGGUUUCAUAGGAGGAGAAUAACUCUCACAUGUGUCUGCACGUAUGUGUGUUGUUUGUAGCUAAUAUUCAGAAACUUAAUGUAGGGUAAUUUUAAUUCAUGCAUAUAACCAUUAAUUGAAAAAAUAACUAUAAUUGUUCUUAUAUAAAAACAAAAUCUUCACUAGAAAUUAAUGAAUACAUUUGUAAUAAUGUAAUAUAAAUUUUCUUUAUUUCCUUUUCUGUUUUAAACUACUGUUCACAUGUCCCAACCUUCAAAAGCAGUCAUGUUAUUAGCUUUACUGAAGGUGGGGUUUCAUUCAAUUUCUUGGCAUCCUGAAGUAUGCUAUAUGCUAUAUGCUGUUUAUAAAGUUACCAUAUGCCGGAAGAUAUCACCUAAUUUUCAUUUCAUAAAGAACCACAUUUGAGAUUGCUAUAAUACUGACAUUUAUUACAUCUAUUUCCCCUUUGUUUUGCUUGCUGUUGUUUUUUAAAUGUCAAAUGUCAUCAAUUUAAAGAGCUUUCACUUCAUUAAACAGUUUCUUUCAUUAGUUUAAUCAGUAGCUGGAAGAAUAGACCCUGGUCAGCACUAAAUUUCCCCCAGUCUGUAUGAAAACAAUGUUAAAGGUAUAAUUUUCAAAACAAAAGCAAUGAUUUGUAUUUUUGUAUAUAAACUUAAACUUUGUUUAAAUAUAAUUUUGACUUUUUUGUUAAAACAAAAUCUAUUUUGCAAUUAUUUUGUUUUACAAUAUAAUCAUUAAAAGGAAGGGAUAGGUAGGGUAGGAGUUUUGAUACCAGGAGGUGGUUAGGAAUUUUCUUAGUGUUGCUGCUAACUUGGAUUGCCAAAUAAAAACGCUCCGAGUC